AAAGACGCAAUGUGGCACACAACGCGAGUGCGGUCGUCGGGUUUGCUGCUGUGAUCGGUGCGCCGGAACGAUACAGUCCACGAGUGGACCGAGGGCUGUAAAGACGUUAACAACGAAUUUCCGUGCGAGGUCACAACCGAAGCGGAUGGGGAUGAAUAUCGGCACCACAUACCAACAAAGCCACAAUUAAAUAUCAGCUGCAGCUGUGCAAAGUGAAGUGACAGUUUCGUGGCGCGCGCGCUUACUUUCCCGCACAGUUGUUUAUAAUGAUCGGUCGCGGUAGCAAUCACAGCUGGCCGUGUCGGUGAUGGUGAUCGAGAGCGUUUAUUUGUUCUUGCAACUACGAGCAGGUGGCUGUGUCCGUUGUUAACCAGUGAAAAAGUGAUCUCAGUGAAAUUUAUUGAUACUUCCAUGAGUACGUGCAUAAAGGAGAAGAGUGUACUUUAAGCGAGAACCCCCGUAUAAGUGGCCACUUUCGACACUUCAGUUCGAGCCACUUCGGGGCAAGUAUUGUGUACACUUCAAGAUCGCACUGACCGCCAGCGGGUUGGGCUUCGUAGCGUAGCAAAGCACGUUAAAAAGUGAACCAUAUCAAGGCCGGUACAACUGCCGUACAACGUGCUCGCUAGUUUUAAACGGUCCGUUUUCUCGUCAGUAUUAACACGCUGUUGUAGUUUGUCUGUGGUGUAGGGCUUGUUUUGAGUGUGUUUUUUUUCUUAUUGUAAAAGUCCUACGACAUCUGUUCAUUCCUCUCGACAUCAUGUGCAAAAUCACAACACGAUCCAGUUUGGCGUUGUUCAUGUUGACGGCGGCGGCGUCCCUUCUUGCCGAUGCGUUCGCCACACCUUGGGGCAGUUAUUACGACUACGGCGGACAUCCGUCAGGACCGCAGGUAUAUCAGUACAACCAGCGCGUCGAGCAUUACCGACAGGUGCCGGACAGUGUGCCCGCCUCGUCCGGUGCGAUCAACUGUCGCUGCACAAAGCUCCGCUACUGUACCAAGAUACUGGAAAUGCUGCGCAAUCCCAAGCCGAGCUACGGUAGCUUCAACUCCAAGCUGAAGGAACUGGCCUGCGGGUACGGCACGGACAAUGAGCCCAACAUUUGCUGCCCGCUCGACGAUAGCUGGCUGCGGGACGUCGGCACGGACGAUCACUCGUCCGAGGAGUCCGAUGCGCACGAUACGGCGGGCGCCAUCGGGUGGGACGAGGGCUACACCAACCGAAAGUCAGACCAAUGGUCACGGGAGCGCUUCAAGUACAUACCGAUGACGGCGUCCGGGAAGGAUGGCAAGCGAGCAGACAGCACCAGAACGCCGACCGCCGGCGGCAACCGCUGGAAGCAGCAGCGGCCCCAAAACGGCAACACGAUCGCUCAGUUUGAGGAUCCGAAAACGAUGAAAAACUGUCCGCCGGUCAUUUAUCCGAACGAGGCGGAAGUGGCAUUACGCCCCACGAAACCGUACGUUGCCCCCGUCAUGCGAACGACGACGCGACAGCCGGUGCUGGGCAGCAACCGACUGGCCGAAACGACCCCCCUCCCCACUACCGAACUGCCACAGCCACCCACGACAGCAAUACCGACGACCACGGAACUGUUGACCACCGUGCUGCCGACGGUUGUGCCCGAUCAGCCGAUGAUUAAUGCGCCGCUGUGCGGAUUGUCGGUGAACACGCGCAUCAUCGGCGGCGAGACGGAGGUACCGGGACAGUUUCCCUGGAUGGCGCGGUUAGCCUACCGGAAUCAAACUUCUGGACGCGUAACGUACCGUUGCGCCGGAUCGCUCAUCACCAACCGGCAUGUGAUAACGGUGGCCCAUUGUGUCACGAAUCUUAUUGAUGAACUUCAGCUAGUCAGCAUACGGUUGGGCGAUCUGGAGUGCAAUGCCGUGACGGAUCCGCGCUGCAGUGCCCGCUAUCAGGACUUUGCGAUCGAGCAGAUCAUUCCGCACGAGAGCUACGACGUGCCCAAGUACGCCAACGACAUCGCACUGAUCAAGCUGCGCGAAACGACCGAAACGUACAACAUCAUCAGCCCGCUCUGUCUGCCCACGGACCAGUACGCACCGUACGCGCUCAACCUAACCGGCCAGCUCGGCAUCAUUGCUGGCUGGGGUUCAACCAGCAAUCGAAGCAACACACCCAGCCCGACCUUGCAGUGGCUACGGUUGCCGAUCGUGGACACGGCCGGCUGUGCCAACGCGUACGCCCGCUACAGUGUCAACUCGCGCAAUCCCAUCAUCGUCAGCGGCAACCAGAUGUGCGCCCAGGGGCAGGAAAACCGGGACGCCUGCCAGGGCGACUCCGGCGGACCGCUGAUGAACGAAGCCAUCUCGACGCGCGACCGGUUCGUGCUGCUCGGGCUGGUCUCGUUCGGGCCGCGCACGUGUGGCGUGUCCAACUUCCCGGGAGUGUACACGCGCAUUUCGGCGUACAUUGAUUGGAUAUUGACCAACGUGAUGCGUUAG